AUGACGAGAACCCGUUCCGAGACGGCUCAGCCCCAACUGCAAGUGCGCAACAACACCGGACCCACGCCCACCUCAACACCAGGGCCCGCCACCGCCCAACCCAUGGAAGGCGCCACCGAGAGCGCGGGCGCCGUCAAGCACCUCCCCUCGAUUCGUUUCAUCCCGCAUCAGGACCCCCGAGCCGGCAGACCUUCGCUGAUAUUCCCCACCAUCAACCGCACCCUCCCCGACGAGAGCGCGAUUCUUCGCGUAGGAAGAUACUCGGAGCGCGACAACCUCCCUGAAGUCCAAACCAAUGCCCCGUCGGCUGCGGCCAUCGGCUUCAAGUCCAAGGUGGUCAGUAGGAAGCACUGCGAGCUGUGGUGCAAGGACGGCAGCUGGUAUAUCAAAGACGUAAAGAGCUCCUCAGGCACCUUCCUGAACCACAUCCGUCUAAGUCAGCCGAACGUCGAGUCAAAGCCCUUCCGCAUAAAGGAUGGCGACAUCAUCCAGUUGGGCAUCGAUUUCCGUGGCGGCGAGGAGAUGAUCUUCAGAUGUGUCAAGAUUCGCGUCGAGUGCAACCGCGGCUGGCAGCAGGGACUAAACACCUUCAACAAACAAACCCAUCAACGACUACGCGCACUUGCCAAGAACAAGAAGGAGGUCACGGGAGAUAACGCUUCCACACAUACGUCUGAAUGUGCGAUUUGUUUGAUGUCCAUAGCCCCAUGCCAGUCGUUGUUUGUAGCACCCUGCUCCCACGUCUGGCACUACAAGUGUAUCCGUCCUAUUCUCAAUGGACCCACAUGGCCCAACUUCCUCUGCCCAAACUGCAGGGCGGUCGCAGAUCUGGAAGAGGAUGUAGAAGAUAUGGGCGAGUUCGAGGACUGGGAGGGUGACGAGGAGGUGGUCAACGGUGACACGGCUCCUCACGCCAGCGCGGAGCAGGGCGACCGUCACGUCACUCCCCGUGCCUCUGUCGCCCAGAUCAAUGGCACCGAUUCAGACGGUGGUGUUGAUCUGACGGAUCUACACCACCAGAUCACAAACAUCGAGAACCAGACUGUACUAGAGACGCCCGAUCGCCGCCUCACGCCACCAACAUCGUCGGUCACACAGCCAGUGUCCAUCAACGUCAACGGUGCGAAUGAGUACGUGGGACUAUCGCCUCUGUAUCCUGCCGGCAGCAAUGGCCUAAGCCCUGAUCGCGUACAGGACGGUCCCAUGACCCCAAGGAACGACGCCGGCCCUUUUGUGCUCGAUGGUAGUGCGGGAAGAACAGCCGGCAGCCGCAUGCGCGAGACAUCUCCGCCGUCUGACUCCGACAGCAGUGGAGCGCGAAGUAACAGCGGAGCACCGACUCUACCUCCGGUGCGAUUUGAUUAG